GUCCAUUCUCAAGAUAUCUCGUGUUAACGGAGGGUGGACAAGCAAACAGACGCAGGAAACACGAUUUCAUUUUUGUUCCGCGUUAAUCGCUCUGUAUCGUACCAAAGCUUGUUAGUUUCACUGUACUUUACUUACAGUUUAAACAGCAGAUUAGAAUUGACUUUCUUUCGUUUUUAAGAAUAGGUAUUCCUUGUUAUUUUGUAGCAAGUGGGGAACAUAUUUUUCUAUGUGAAACUGAACAAAAAACGUUGACUUCCAGGAAAGUUCAAAUUCACAAUGUACGCGUCCCCCAAGGAAAAUUCACCCACGGGAACUAUACCACACCGUCACGUGCUACCAGGAGGUAUGAGGUAUAGUCACUAGUCACUACUACUAUGUCAUCGACAUCGUUACCAUGCCGACUUUCUUAAUAACUAUUUCAAGAGUUUUCUUAAAAUCAAUCCCUUGCUUCUAAUUUUACAAUCAAAUAUUUUCGCGGGAAAUAAUUUUUCAGGGACAAAUCGUGCAGGAGAUGAAUUUAGACUUGGGAGUGGGGUUUCUUUGUAACGAAUAAUGCAUUUCAACAUUUCAAUUUCUAUAGCUAAUUACUGGAGUAAAAUCAUGACGUGUGUAUAAAUACAUCAUAACUACUAUACGUCGACAUGUAAUUUUGCUGUGCAUUUUUCUGUCAAAAGGCGAUUGUGUGAAUAACUAUCCAUAUAUGAUGGCGAUCUACCAACGGGUCAAGGAAGUGGAGAUUAUGGUCUGUGGUGGGACUUUAAUUAAACCAAAAUGGGUUUUGACAUCCAACACGUGUUACAAAAAAUUAAGUGUUUAUGCUAAUGGUAGUUGGCCCUUUAUGGUCGCAAGAGUCCAUAAUUUGGCAGCCGUUUCUGUAUCGCCCAAAAGAGAGAUAAAUAUGGUAAUAUCACACUCGGAAUACAAAGAUGUGAACUACACCGUCGCAAAUGAUAUCGCUUUAAUGGCCACCGAUACAGAGUUUCUAGUCAACUCUUACAUCUUUCCAAUAACAUUAGCUAGCACCCAUUUAAUUUCAGACAGUAACUGUUCAUUCGUCUACUGGAACGUGUCUAUGCCGUACCGGUUCAACCGUGAAGCUGCACCCUUAGUAAAGGUUCGUGUGCUUGUUAAAGAUAUAAACAAUUGUAAGCAAUGGUUUAAUUACACCCUGGUUUACUCGUACGGGCAAAUCUGUGCACAGCUAUCGCAUGGUGUAAUACCAAAGCAACACUCCGGGGGACCCUUGGUAUGCAAUAACACUCAAGUUGGUUUAUUUUCUUCUCAACAAGAAAGCAAUGGAGAAACAUUCUUGAUAUUCACUGAACUUCAGCCUUACCGCAAAUUCAUCUCCGACGUGAUUCCUGCUUUGAGACUUUCUGAAAUGGAAGAGGGCGCUACCAAGAGGAAAUUUUCUGUAAUGUUCAAUCCAGCAAAUUCAUGCUGGGCUUUACAUGAAACCAUUUUGCUAACUCUUGUAAUUUCGCUUUCUAACAACCUGCAACAUGCGUAGAAGUGCUACUUAUUAUAAUUCUAUUAAGAUGUAGAAGAA